AUGAAGAAAGGCAAACUUGAACCCACAAAGCCAAAGCAUGCGAAUGAGAAAUUCGAAAAUGUCGACUCCAAACAUGUGGCAACCACGCUUCGUGAUCAGGAGGCAGUCGCUGUCAUCAUGUAUCGAAAUGCAGCUUGUGCUGACCCGCAGGCUAACGAUGUCUGGCCUCAUUUGCGAGACUUGAUCAAAUUACCCUCGAGGUAUUACCGUGUCGACAAAGGCCUGAAGAGACAAGCAUGUCCUACAGUACGUCGGCGCCCGGCAAAACUAUCCAAGAUACAUUCGUCUUCCGAUGUGUUUACGCCACAACUGUGGAACCCACCCCCCGGCCGACCGCACUGGGGACUUCCUGUCGAGUUGGUUGAGAUGAUAGCUGGCUACCUAAAUCGCGAUGACAUCAAGUCGUUGCGCCUGGUCAGCCGCGAACUGAACCAGACUGUUUCACAAACAUUGUUCAAGACCGUCGUGGUCCCUUUCAAUACAGAGAUCUAUGGCAUGUUAGGACCGAAACAAGGAUUGGAUGUGAAAGGCAAGAAGAAGGCAGACAUAUCCAACUUCAUCUGGAAGAAUGCUAAAGGCGACGAUGUUUACAACGGCCAUGGUCUAGACGUAUUCCGUGGUUUUGGUGCGCACAUCAUCAAAUAUGGUAUGAGUUUCGAGGUCAGCGAGGUUGCCCUUGCGAAGCCGCCUGUCAAAACCCUUACCGAGCGCCAUGAAAGCUUCUGGGGUACCUUCGACUGGCCCUUCAUAGAGUAUCGACGUUUCGAAGACGUUGCGGGUUUGGAGUCAGCGGCCGAUGAAACCCCUCGCAUGAAGACUGCUUUCUCUGAGCUUGCUAAAGUCAAAGAGCUGGCGCUUUCCGUGGAUGCCGGUCUUGGCUGGCUCAAUGGACCUGAUCGAUCGAUCCGCGCACGCAUCCUCGAACGACCCCCUGAAGUAUUCGGGCUUCUGAAAGACAUCCCUGAUCGUCGCACGCACGCACAGCAUGAACUAUGGAGCCACAUCGAAGCUUGCCACGCAUCGGCUGAGAGCGAUCUGACUUUAGCAACACUAUACAAGCUGGAGAUAAACCGACCACCAUCUGACGCUCAGAUCGCCAACCUAGCUCUGGAUCCGCAGCCUGAGAUGCCAUUUGUGGACCCGCGUUUGGUCUCUGAGGCACUCCCUCAUGAUACCACAGACCUGCUGGUGCCGGCGUCGUUCGAUGAUCCGGAAGUUCUCGAUCGAUUUGUGGCACCUCAGACCCCUUCGAGCGCUGGCUUCCUCUACACUUCAAAGAUUCAUCCAGUCGACGCUGGACAACUUAUUAGUCCAGUUAUUCCAUCCACCCUCACGAAAGCGCAGAAAGAGUGGUUAAUGGAAACAGAGUGGGCCCAGAAAGCCUUCAUCUCGUCGUAUAUGCUUUCGGUCAUCGAUAAUCCCAAGACAUUUCAUCAAGUUCAUACUCUGAAUAUCUCACGCCUCUCUGACCGCUACGUUUCUUUGCUCAAUCGGCAAGACUUCUGGUCCGCGUUACCAAAUUUGAGCAACGUCACAUUGAUGGUCUUACCUGGCUGGCGGACCAUAUGCAAAGAUGAUGCAGGCAUUGUGGAUACCCCUAAGAUCAACCCUUCCUCCGAGAUUAAUUCUGUAGUCACACUUUUGAAGCGCAUCAUCAGUGAUCGACCAAAGAUCCACACCUUGACCGUUGGAUGGGCGACUGGUGGUGAGCAUGCCGAGGGUGUGCAUGCCAGAAACAAGCUGCUUCAGCCUGCACCGUUGGUUGCCCUCGAUAUGAUCACGAAUCAAAGUUCUGCAGCGCUGCAGAUGGCACUAUUGCAGUUUCCUUAUGUGGAGCAUUUUACUCUCAAGAACUGCUGGAUAACACCGCUUCUUCUGCAAGAGUUUGUCAAGGCACACGACCAUCUCAAGUUGAAACAUUUAAUACUUGACUCUGUCUCCCUGACUGGUGUAUUGAGACCUCAACAAAACGUAGCUAUAGCCGCCCAGCAAGCGAACAACAUAGGCGGAAACCCCUGGGUACCGGGACUUGCACAAGCUCAAGUAUUGCAUGCGCAUACCUUGGCAUUGCAUGGCAAUCAUCAGCACAACCUUCUGAACCCACAACAGCUGUUCCAAGCCCAGCAUCAGCUGCUGCAAAUCCAGCUUCUACAAUUGCAAAAUAUACCAGGCGGUAAUCAAGUUCAAAUGCAGGCACUGCAGGCUCAACUACAGCACCUCGCGACAAGUGGUCCAGCACAGGUCAACAAUGGGACUAAUGGGAACGCUAAUCAGCUCCAAGUUCACGCACCUCUCUUGAAUACCAUACAGCAGAUUCUCCAGAACCACGGUCAGUGGCAAGUGCAGCAUGUGCCGCAAGGACCCAACGUCGUUACAGGUGCACCGUCUGCUACAGCCAGCCAGACUCUCCUGACAGCUCGGCCUCGGGAAGGUUCAUGGGUAGAAGUGAUUGACACUAUUACACCGGGACUCAAUCUCAAGGAUUUCGGCUCUGAGUAUUCCCAAGCAGACGAGGAGCGCACGACGUCUUUGAAGAGUAUCGAUUUUGUUUCCUGUGGAUAUGCUCGCCUCCCAUACUCGCCUUUCGAGCAAGGCAUCCUCGAAGAUAGGAUUGGAGCCGGUGGACGGCGCCCCGACCCUGUCUUCAACAAGCGUGCUCAGACGCUCCUGCCGUCGAUGCUGAGUGCCAAGUGGCCUCUGCUAGGCGAAAUCUUGCAAGAGACAAGCGCCGAAGAGCUCGCCACCUUGUAUGCAGGUUGGAAUCUGGAAGCAGGCUGGAAAGAUGAGGAUUUAGCGAAAGCACCACAAUACGAUGGUCUGCUGCCUGGUGGAACGGGUAGGUUCACGGGCGUUGUGCAUGCAGACGACCGACUUGUUCACGAGGCGACUGCUAGUUAG